CUUGCCUGCCUAGACACUUCCGCCAACGCUGAGCCCUCCGGUCGCCACAAAUGUGUAGUUUGCGCCGACCAGACCACAUCUGGCUGGGUUUUUAAUAAUUUGAAUUAAUCCCCAAUGUCCAUGGAAGUAUUUAUUUUCUCCUUUAGUAAUCCCGCCACUUGUUAAAAAUUCCGCCCGAAAGGAAAAAGCGUUGUGUCCCCUCUUAUGGGUUUCCAACGAUCGUCUAUAAUAACUAUCCAGAGGACCUAGGGGCGGCUCUGUACCGGGAGCCGUUUGACUUCAACGCCGAGCCACCUUGGGAUCCUAGCUGAUAGUGGACGAGUUCGCCCAAGGACUCAUCCAUUUUGUUGCAUAAGCCUAGGACCCAGGGGCUCGAGAGAAACAUCGCUUCAGACUAGCCAUAUUCUUUAUGCCUGUUGGACACGGAACACGGUCGAGAGGAUGAAAGGAAUCUCAGACGAACCACAUUUUUCAGUGGGCCUUCUGGAAAGCGGCACAUCUCUCAGUGAUGUGAUUGACAAUCACAUAUAUGAACAAACCUUGUCUGAGAAGAAGGCAUUCUUUGUUGCUGACCUCGGAGUUAUAAUGAGACGGCACGCCCGCUGGCGAACACACAUGGCCCAAAUUCAUCCCUUCUAUCCUGUCAGGUGCAACAGCAGCCCAGGUGUUAUUGAAGUAUUGGCUGCACUUGGCACUGGAUUCAUAUGUAGCAAUAAGUAUGAACUCGAGCUAGUGCAAAGCCAUGGAAUUCCCUCAGAAGAUAUCAUCUACAGUGGGGUUUGUAAACAAGUUUCCCAAAUCAAGUUUGCUGCAAAGAACGGCAUUGACCUCCUAGUGUGUGAUAAUGAAGCAGAGCUGCGCAAGAUUUCACGCUCCCAUCCGAAUGCCAAGCUUCUCCUUCAGGUGUCAACAAAAGAAUCUGGCCUGGACAGUGAGCUGAGCAUGUCAUUUGGCUGUUCCCUCAAAGACUGUCGCCAUCUACUGGAGAAAGCAAAGGAGCUUGGUGUUCAGGUGGUCGGAAUCAGAUGCCUAAUUUCAAAUGAUUGCAAGGACAAGAUGUAUACUAAUGCUAUCUCUGAUGCUCGUUGUGUUUUUGAUAUGGCGGAGGAAAUUGGUUUCAAAAUGAAAAUAUUGGACAUUGGAGGCGGCUUUGGUGGCUCUGAGAUGCAGCUGGAGCUGAUUAGUCACGCAGUCAUGUCUACGGUGGACCAAUACUUUCCCCCUCUUAGCGGGGUUAGCAUCAUUGCGGAACCCGGCAGCUACUUUGUUUCCUCUGCUUUAACCCUCGCCGUCAACAUCGUAUCCAAAGAGGUGGUGAUGCACGGCGUCCGAGAUCAAGCUCAUGAUGAUCCAUCUCCAACUGAUGAGCCCAAGUUCCAGUACUACUUGAAUGAAGGAGUCUAUGGAUCCUUUGCCUGUAAACUCACUGAAAUGGUCAUCGCUGCUCCCACUGUUCAAAUGAACACUUGUUCGAAAGGUCCGGUGUUCAGCAGUAGACUGUGGGGCCCAUCUGGUGAUGACCUUGACCUAGUGAUGCAGCACUGUCUGCUGCCAGAGCUCAACAUUGGGGAUUGGCUCACCUUCAGUAACGCAGGGGCCUAUUCUGUCGGCCAGCCUCUUUGUACCUCUGACUCACCCACACCACCUGUAUUCUACGUCGUCUCAGCGAGAGACUGGUAUGAAAUGCAAGAUUCGGGCGUCACCCAGGAGGCAACACUGAAGAACUUCUCAUUGUUCCCCUAUUUGUUCACUGCCUGCAUAACAGAUGCGGCACUUUCUAUCCCAGCUUAGCUAUAACCAGAGCGCAACUGGUUUCUGUUACUCUUCGGUGUCCCAGGCUAUUUUAGAACAAGUGUGGCUCGGUAUGAAACAACAAAAUGGAUGACUCCUUGACCAUGAACUACCGUUUACACUAAUAGUAAUUUUAAAAUAUAAUAAAAGUCAUUGUCUUCAUUGCCAGUCUUGUAGAAUGUGUAUCUGUUUAGCAAUGUAUUUAAAACAUUGAAUCUGUUUUUAAGAUCUAUUUAAUUGUAUAGUAUAUUUUGUGUAAAGGAACUUCCUUACAUUGCAUUUAGAGUAAGAGCAGUGUUUUGGUGAUGAGAUUUUGUAAAGAGAUAGUGGGUUACCAUGUGUGUUCAUGAUUUACUACAGUAAGUGUAGUCAGUGGAGUACGCGAUUUGCAUAAAAACCUAUGCUGGCCUGAUUGUAAAGGCAAUGUUGCAAUAUUAAGUCUGCACUUUGCUGCCUCACUGACCACUAAAGCACUAGCAUGACACAGUAAACAGGUUUAUUAGAAAAGCAUGAACUGCAGAUGGAAAAAAGUGUGGCUGAAUCUGCAAAUAUGGUAUGUGUUAUUUAUAAUGCAAGAAACCUCAAUUUGUUUUUGCCUAAUUGUUAAAUAUUUAAGAUGUAAUGUCUAGUUGCAGUGUGCGUCAUAUUGUCUCCUUGUUUGAAGCCUGUUAGGAGUUGUAGCUAUGCUUGUCAAAAUGAAUAAAAACAUGGUCAAGUCAAAUUUGCUAGUCUUUAUUAACUUCACAGGUGAACCACAUCUAAGUCAAUUUUAGAGAACUUCUUAACACCCUGGACUGAUCACGACCGAUUUACAGACCUCAUAUGUAAACCAUUUCACUGAUCUGGAUAACACAAAAGUCCAUCUGAAAAAGAUGAUGAACCACAGGAUGACACCUGUAAGCUCCUCUGCUGCCCUGAGAUCCCCAAUAAAUAGUCAAUAAAAUAGACCCUCGCCCAGCAGGGAGAGACAUAGAAAAAGCGUCAGUAAAAGAGUAAAUACGGUUUCAAAGUGCCACUGGGACCAUUGGUUCAAAUACCUAUUUUUACUUUCAGAACCUGCACAUCACUAGUACUAAGCAGCAUGUUGAGGGACUUGGUGUUAAGAGUUACAGUGGUACCUCAUCUUGCGAAAUUAAUUGGUUCUGGAUGUAGUUUCAUGACUUAAAAAAAUCU